CCAAUGUAUAGCUUUAUUUUCUAAUAGCCAGGAUGCUUUUGGAUCUGCCAGAUAUGCAUGUUGAAGAAGUAAGAAUUCCAGAGGAAGUACUUUGUCUGCAAGAUGGCUUCCAAAAGACUCAGACAAAUACUUUUUUGGACAACCAUACUAGUCUUUGCUGGGUUGUGUUUUUUGAUCAAGUGGACUUCAGUUGGAGUAUGCAACUUCUGUGAGACCAAAACUGAGGACAUGUUUUUAAAACAAGGCAGUGGACAUUUUUUGUUGGUACCUCAUUCAGAUUGUAGCCAGAACCCUCCAUUUCUGGUCAUUCUAGUAACUUCCUCUCCUACUGAUUUAAAAGUUCGUGUAAUAAUCCGUGAGACCUGGGGCAAAAAAAAAUUAAUAGCAAAUAAAUUUAUUGUAACCCAUUUUCUUUUGGGAACUACCUUGAAUCCUGAAGAACAGGUUGCUGUGACUAACGAGAGUCUGAAAUAUGGAGACAUCAUCCAGAAGAAUUUUAUAGAUACCUAUUAUAAUUUAACAUUAAAAACUAUGAUGGGCAUUGAAUGGAUUCACAAAUUCUGCUCAGAGUCUAGCUUUGUAAUGAAAGCAGACUCAGAUGUGUUUGUAAAUACCUACUAUCUGACUGAACUCCUUCAAAAAAAAAUCCAGAAUACCAGAUUCUUCACUGGCUUUUUGAAAUGAAAUGAGCAUCCAAUACGGAAAAUAUCCAGUAAAUGGUAUGUGAAUAAACAUGAAUAUCCAAGAAACAUAUACCCUCCUUUUUGUUCAGGGACUGGCUAUGUUUUCUCAACAGAUGUUGCUAGUCUGGUGUAUAGAAUUUCUGACAAUAUUCCUUUUAUUAAGCUGGAGGAUGUAUUCAUAGGCUUGUGCCUUGUUGAACUUGAUAUCAAACCGGAAAACCUCCAUUCCAAGCAAACUUUCUUCCCUGAAAGGCUUGAAUUUUCACCUUGUCGCUUUAAGAAAAUUGUGGCCAGCCAUUUUGUGAAACCUCAUGAGCUGAUGAUCUUUUGGAAUGCACUGGAGAGAUCCAUGAAUGAAAAAUGCCCUGAUGGCUGAAAUCGUCCUAAAGUGGGGGCAGAUGAUUUUGGUGAAGAAAUGCAUCAAAAUUAUCUUCAACUAGGCCAGCACAGACAAAAAUCUGAAAUGCUCAUUUUUUUUCUUAGAUAUUUCAUAGUUAUUUAGCCUUAUGUUUCCCAGUCUCUGCACAGGUAGAAUGUUUAGAUUUUAAUUUCUAGAAUGCUUAGCAAUGGCUAUGCUGGCUGGGGAUUUCUGGGAACUGAAGCCCACCAUUUUAAAGUUGGGAAACAUUGAUUUAGCUAAAAGGGGUUGGGCUA